GGCGCAUGCGGGGUCUGCUGGGUGGAAGACAAGCAGGAGUCUUUAGGGUGCAUAGUUGCAGUAGGGUGGGUGUGGGACACGGGCUGGUAUCUAUGGGGUGUCAGGAUCCUUGUGUGAAUACAGAGCAUAGGCGAGGACCUCCGGGGCAAGGGUCUGAGUGCUGGCCGGCAUCCUGGGCGCCUGGUUGCAGAACCGUCUUGAGGGUGAAUUCCCAGGCUGCCUGGUGGGACCUCCGAACGCCAUUUCUCUCCUUGUCAUUCCUCUGCAACGGAAUUCUUUUGCCUUCAAAGUUAUCUUCCUCAGGUCAGGAAUCACCACGUGCGCCUGCCCCAGCGACUUUAGAGCACGUGUUGCCUGCAAGGAAACCCCACUGCCCACGCCCGGAGAGAAUGUAGGUCCCAUCCCAGACCCUGCAGCUUCCUGGAGGCCACCCGCUGCCCUAGCAUUUUCCCAGGCAGUUCCUUCCUUCUGGACCUCUGGACUUCUGCCCCCUGGCUUACCCCUUCCUUGCAGCUACCAACAAGCCCACAAACCCCUGCUUCUUCUGGUGCUCAACUGUCACGCUGCUUCUUCUCCCUGGUCACAAAAGCAGAGGUAGACUGUCAUCCUUGCUUACGAGGUCCCAUGAGGAUCUGGGAAACAUGGUGCCCACUGGCCAGGUGGCAGACAAGCAGGCACCUGAAGAGCCCAGGCAGGGCCACGAACUUAAGUCCUGGCGAUGCCUGGUGUUCUAUCUCUGCUUCUUCGGCUUCAUGGCCCAGCUGCGGCCUGGGGAGAGCUUCAUCACACCCUACCUCCUGGACCGAAAACAUAGACCUAACUUCACCAAGGAGCAGGUGACCAACGAAAUCAUUCCAGUGCUGCCCUAUUCCCACCUGGCCGUGCUGGUACCGGUCUUCCUGAUCACCGACUACCUGCGAUACAAGCCAGUCCUGGUCCUGCAGUGCCUGAGCUUCGUGUGCGUGUGGCUGUUGCUGCUGCUGGGCACGUCUGUCUUGCACAUGCAAUUCAUGGAAGUCUUCUACAGCAUCACCAUGGCGGCACGCAUUGCCUACUCCUCCUACAUAUUCUCUCUGGUGGACCCUUCCCGCUACCAACGCAUGGCCAGCUACUCACGGACGGCAGUAUUGCUGGGGGUGUUCAUCAGCUCUGUGUUGGGCCAGGUGCUGAUCACCCUAGGAGGCAUCGACACUUAUAAGCUCAACUGCAUCUCCCUGGGCUUCAUCCUCUUCAGCCUGGGCCUCUCCCUCUUCCUGAAGCGUCCCAAGAGGAGCCUCUUUUUCAACCGCAGUAUACUCGCGCGUGGAGCCUUGCCCUGUGAGCUGGAUCAGAUGCACCCGGGGCCUGGCCGGCCAGAGACCGGGAAACUAGAGCGUAUGCUGGGCACUUGCAGGGACUCCUUCCUGGUGCGCAUGCUCAGUGAACUGGUGGAAAAUGCCCGGCAACCACAGCUGCGUCUCUGGUGCCUCUGGUGGGUCUUCAACUCUUCAGGCUACUACUUGAUCAUCUACUAUGUACAUGUCCUGUGGAAGAGCAUAGACAACAACCUCAACUACAAUGGCGCCGUAGAUGCCGCCUCCACACUGCUGAGCGCCGUCACGUCCUUCUCUGCGGGCUUCGUGAACAUCCGCUGGGCUCUGUGGUCAAAGCUGGUCAUCGCAACUGUGAUAGCCAUCCAGGCCAGCCUGGUGUUCUGUAUGUUCCAGACCCAGGACAUCUGGGUCUGCUAUGUGACCUUCGUGCUUUUCCGUGGCGCCUACCAGUUCCUCGUGCCCAUUGCCACUUUUCAGAUCGCGUCUUCCCUGUCUAAAGAGCUCUGUGCAUUGGUCUUCGGGAUCAACACUUUCCUUGCCACUGCGCUUAAGACCUCGAUUACUCUUGUGGUCUCUGACAAGCGGGGUCUGGGUCUCCAAGUCCAUGAGCAGUUCUGCAUCUACUUCAUAUACUUCCUGAUGCUGUCCAUCACCUGCUUUGCCUGGGCGGGGCUGGAUGGCUUGAGGUACUGCCGGCGUGGUCGCCACCAGCCCCUGGCCCAGGCCCAGGAGCUGAGGAGUCCCUUGGAGACUUCUGUGCAGGCGAUAAGCCUACAGGAUGGAGACCUAAAGGGCCCACAGCCCUCAGCGCCGCAGCUGCUUUCAGAGGACGGCAUGGAGGACGGCAGAGGAGGCUUGAGAGCCGAAGCCAAGGCUUAACCUGUCUCCAUCUAACCAGCUUCAUCCCAGCUCAGCGACCAGCUGACUCAGAGGCAGCCCCUCCUGUGUGCACUCCGUCUUGAACCAGCCUGGGCCUGUUGCUGUAGAUGAUGCUCCUAGUCUAUGUUGCCUUGAGUCCAAGACAUACAGGGGGUGGGGUGGGGACACAUCCUUUCCCCCCCCCACCCCCCGUUGCCUUUCAAGAGCCCUCAGGUUAGGCCACAGAACUCUCCUUAGGGGCGAUUGCUAGUUUAUCCUUCUGGUAGUGGCUGAGGACCCUAAACCCAACCUACUUCAUGCUGGAGCCUGCUACAGACACUCAGGGCAGCUCCCUGGCUUUGUGAACCACAGGCCAGGCCACUGCAAGCCUGGGUUGCCUAUCGCUUGCCAAGAAGAACCUGUGUCGGGUUCAGCUAUGCCCACCAGGCCCUAUGCCCACCAGGCCUUUUGCUCUGGGAAGCUCAGGGUAAAUCAACGUCUGCCCCUAGGGCUCGUGAGAUAGCCCGGACACCAGCCAAGGUCCGCCGAGCCUGCGGGGUGCCGGUUGCCUGUCCUAGGCUUCUGGCUAUGCUGCCACACAUCCUUCCACUAUCGGAGGUGCUUGUUUGAAUGCUUAUCUGAUUUUGUUUUUUUUUUAAAUUUGACAUUAAAAUGGAGAACUACAUUGGGCUUUG